GGGCCGCCGCACGCCUCGCCCGCGCCCGCGCAGCCGCGCGCCAACCUCACCAACCAGUUCGUGCAGCCGUCCUGGCGCAUCGCGCUCUGGUCCCUGGCCUACGGCGCCGUGGUGGCCGUGGCCGUGCUCGGCAAUGUCACGGUCAUCUGGAUCAUCCUGGCGCACAAGCGCAUGCGGACCGUCACCAACUACUUCCUCGUGAACCUGGCCUUCUCCGACGCGUCCAUGGCCGCCUUCAACACCCUGGUCAACUUCAUCUACGCGCUGCACAGCGAGUGGUACUUCGGCGCCAGCUACUGUCGCUUCCAGAACUUCUUCCCCAUCACGGCGGUGUUCGCCAGCAUCUACUCCAUGACGGCCAUCGCGGUGGACAGGUAUAUGGCCAUUAUUGACCCCUUGAAGCCCAGACUGUCUGCCACCGCCACCAAACUGGUCAUCGCAAGCAUCUGGGUCCUGGCGUUCCUGCUGGCCUUCCCUCAGUGUCUGUACUCCAAAACCAAAGUCAUGCCGGGCCGCACGCUCUGCUACGUGCAGUGGCCAGAAGGUCCCAAACAACAUUUCACCUACCACAUUAUUGUCAUCGUCCUGGUCUACUGCUUUCCCCUGCUCGUCAUGGGCGUCACCUACACCAUCGUGGGAAUCACUCUGUGGGGAGGAGAGGUCCCAGGGGACACCUGUGACAAGUACCACGAGCAGCUCAAGGCAAAAAGAAAGGUGGUGAAGAUGAUGAUGGUGGUCGUGGCCACGUUCGCCGUGUGCUGGCUGCCCUACCACGUCUACUUCAUCGUCACCGCCGUCUACCAGCAGCUCAACAGGUGGAAACACAUCCAGCAGGUGUACCUGGGCAGCUUCUGGCUGGCCAUGAGCUCCAGCAUGUACAACCCCAUCAUCUACUGCUGCCUCAACAAGAGGUUCCGAGCCGGGUUCAAGCGAGCCUUCCGCUGGUGCCCUUUCGUCGAGGUCUCCGGCUACGACGAGCUGGAGCUCAAGGCCGCCCGGUUCCGCCCCACGCGGCAGAGCAGCCUGUGCACUGUGAGCAGGAUGGAGGCCGUGACCAUGGUGCUGGACCCCAGAGAGGCCGACGGGGCCAGGUCCACCCGCAAGAAGCGGGCGGCCCCCAGGGACCCCAGCUCGAGCAGCUGCGCCCACAGAAGCACCACGUCUGCCGCUACUUCGAGCUUCCCCUCGUCCCCCCACCCCUCUGUGGGUGAGCGCCCCCAGGCCACCCCGCCGGCCACGGGCAACACAGCGGCCCGCUGAGCCUCAUCCGCCAGCUCUCGGCCCGCGGAGCUGCACCCGCACUCGGGCCACCGCCACGCUGACCGAGACCCGAGCUGUGUGGGAGAUGCCUGCUGGUCCACACGGCGGAGCAGCGUCCAGGACUCAUUUUCUCAGUGAUAGUGACCCAAAAGGAGGGUGAGAACUUUCAUCCAGGACGUUCAUUUUGUAGAAUGAAAAUGUCCAAAUACUUUUAAGAUCCCCUGAAAAAUGUAAUUAAAAGGAAAUGUA